AUGCUAUUUAAACUACUUCGACAAUCAUACUGGAAAUCGUCAUCUCAAGCGACAUGGAUGAAAAUGAGACAUUCCUAUCGUGCUGAGCGAUAUCGAGAUUAUUCAACCAGUUAUCUAAAACAUGAUGGUCCUGUACCACCAUUAAGCGUACCAGUCCAAUUGGCCGGUAGAAAAUUUUUACCCGGUUCGUGGCAUCAUCAAUUUCCUCAACAGCUCAAUAAUCCUCAAUCGGACUUCCCACAUGUCGUUACACCAUCCAAUACUACUGAUACAGCAAAGCUAUCCUUAACUGAUUGGGCUACUGUUGUUCGCCAAUACUUAGAUGAUAAUUUAACUAAAUACGGAGCUAUUCUAGUACGAUCAUUACCCAUCCAAAAUGAAGCACAUUUUUCACACUUAGUCAGUCAGUUAAAGUAUAACCCUCAAAGUUAUAAAGGAGGUCUUGGAUAUCGACAACAGAAAUUAACCAAUGUCAUGACAGCCAGCGAUGAACCAAAAGAAUAUAGCAUCGAAUUACAUAAUGAAAUGGCUUACUUACCCAAUUGGGCUGAUCUGAUUAUAUUUUAUUGCAAGACACCUCCAGCAUUAGGUUAUGGUGGUCAUACUUGUAUUGCUAAAGUCAGCGAUUAUGUCGAUCGAUUAGGUCAAGACAUUAUUCAACCGUUUCUUAAACGAGGCGUUCGAUAUCAAUGCCAUCUAUUUAGUCAAGAUUCUAUACCUAAUGCUUACUUGACAUGGCAACAAUCAUUCCAAACUAAGGAAAAAGCAGAAGUAGAAGAAUUCUGUACUAAUGCUGGUUAUACAUACAAAUGGGAUGACAGUGAAAAUCUAACCUAUUAUAUCGAUCUACCAGCCGCUGUGAAUCAUUCCAAGACAAAUCAACUUUCAUGGUUUAAUCAAAUUUAUCAACAUACACCGACUUAUACAGUAGAACAUCCUUCCUUCGAGAAUAUAGAUAUACCAUUAGAUAAACAUCUUUGUCAAUGCUAUUACGGUGACGGCGGUAAAAUUAGCGAGGAUACACUAUUUCGUAUGCGAAGUAUUAAUUGGCAAGUAGCUGUAGGAUUUGAAUGGCAAACAGGCGAUCUUCUAUUUUUAGAUAAUGUUUUAGUACAACACUCUAGAUUAAGCUUCGAAGGUCCUCGAAAAAUCUUCGUCAGUAUAAUGAAUUAUUAG